CAAAACUCACCUUUUGCAUCCUUUUGUGCUGCCAUGUUGGUCUCUACUGCUUCUAUAAACACUCUAAACAGAAAAACAAAAUCAGUUCGUCCAUUUUCUGUCAGUGCUUGGUUUUAGGAAUUAUGCGCUUAAAACAAGCUGUUUCAAAAGGUCCCUGUGAUGUCACAAACAGGAAAAGUAGAAUAGAACUAACUCACACAAAACAGAGCUGGACCGUUUCUCAAAAUGAAUACUUAUCAGAACUUGUGUACUCACAUCUUUGUGAAACACCGUCGAUGGCCCAAGUACUGUUCUAAGUAUGCAUCAUGGCAAGUUUGAUCAAAGUUCCCGGAUGUAUUCUUGCUCCACCCAUUGUAUCGUGUUAAGUUUAGGGUUAUUGAUGCAUCCUUCUGCGGACUUGGGACAGCAAAGUAGCCUGUAAUGCAUUGCGCCGCUAAUUGAUAUACCCCAAACCGCAGAGGAGAAAGCUCAUGACUGUAGUGUUUUGUAUCUUUUUGGUCAUUCUUUAGUUUUUUUCGGAACCCCUUGAUCGAACGUGGUAUCAUCGAGCGUGGUGUCAUUAGCAUUAGCGAAUCUGCUCGUAAUUCACUCUUGAUCCCAAACUUUGGACCGUUUCUGCCUUUUACAAAGGUUUGUGUCUUUGCUGGUUUCUCUAUUUCCUCUACAGCCCCUAGAUUACCACAUUGUGCACCAGUAAAUUAUGUUCAGACAGUGGUGCGCACACAUCGAAUCAGUAAAAAAUGAUUUGAGGAAUUUACUGAAUCAAAUUUGAACCAUUUGAUGACUCAUUGUAGCCCUACAUAAAAUGUUAACAUAUCUUGCAAAUCUGACUUAGCAUCUUUUUGUGCUGCCAUGAGGGCCUCUACUGUCUCUAUAAACACUCCGAAUAUAUGCCUAAAAUUAGCCAUUUCCUUAAAGUCCCUUAUUGUGAUGUCACAAUAAGGAACAUUAACAUAGAUCUACUCCACCUGCUGAAGCCGGAAAAGCUUCUCUACUCCAAGCCCCUCCUGGAUGUCCAAACUCCUCACCUCAAAGCGGCCUAUCAGGAUGGGUAUGCGUGGCUACCAAUGUUUUCUUAAAGUGACAGAGCCCUAAAUUGGCUCUGGAAGACUCUGAAGAUGUCAAGAAAAAAGCUACUGCGCUCGCUUUAUGUGAGAGGGAUUUUAAGCAAAGAAAUUAAUGUACAAGUUUUGUAAUGACAAUAGAACAAUUUGAACAAAAAUGCCAUAAUGCGUCCCCUUUAAAAAGUACCCAAAGCUUGUGAAUGUUAAACAUGAAAUUAAAUAAAAAGCUAAUUCCAUUAGUGAAUUAUCUGCCUCCUUGACAACUGCCUGUAAAUGGUUCAACAUGUUGAUCAUGUGCACCAUCCUCAUCAACUGUGGAUUCAUGACUCUAAAUGACCCUCCUGCAUGGACGAAAAAUGUAGAGUACACAUUUACUGCAAUCUACACUGGUGAGUUCCUAGUUAAGGUUCUAGCCAGAGGAUUCUGUGUAGGGAAGUUCACGUUUCUGAGAGAUCCCUGGAACUGGUUGGACUUCUUUGUCAUUGUCCUGGCGUAUUUAACAGAGUUUUCUAAAGAAGUUGGCAAUUUGUCGGCUCUUCGGACGUUCAGAGUGCUCAGAGCAUUUAAGGCAAUCUCAGUCAUCCCAGGCUUGAAGACUAUCGUUGGUGCCUUGUUCCAGUCAGUAAAGAAACUCGCUGAUGUAAUGAUCCUGACUGUUUUCUGCUUGAGCGUCUUUGCACUUGUAGGAUUACAGCUGUUCAUGGGCAAUUUAAGGAAUAAGUGUGUAAAGGACGCCGAUAACGAGACAUUAUUGACUGAGAGUUAUCUCAAGGACGCGGAUAAUUAUUAUAAUGUUUCUGGAAAGCCAUUGCUUUGUGGACACAGCAGUUCAGCUGGGAAUUGCCCAGAGGGGUAUAAAUGCCUUAAGGCCGGAGGUAACCCAGACUAUGGCUACACCAGCUUUGACACCUUUGGUUGGGCCUUCCUUGCUUUGUUUCGGCUGAUGACACAGGAUUACUGGGAAUACCUUUACCAGCAGACUUUGCGAGUUGCUGGAAAACCCUACAUGAUCUUUUUUGUCCUGGUCAUAUUCCUUGGCUCUUUCUACUUGGUCAACUUGAUUUUGGCUGUGGUAGCUAUGGCCUACGAGGAGCAGUGCCAGGCCAGCAUAAAGAAAGCUCAAGAGAAAGAGGAGGAGUUUGAGGCCAUGCUUGAGCAGCUGAAACGGCAGCAAGAGGAUGCUCAGGCAUUAGCAAAAGCAGCAUUGGCAGAAGGUGGAGAUGGAUUCGGCAAAGGUGGGGCCACUGAGAGUUCCUCUGAUGCUUCCAAGCUGAGCUCCAAAAGUGCCAAAGAGAGGCGCAACAGAAGGAAGAAAAAAAAGGAUUCAGAGGAAAAAGAAGUGGAAAAAAUCCCUAAAUCAGAUUCUCUGGACAGCAUAAAGAAGGCUCGUUUCAGAUUCUCUGUGGAUGCAAACAUGCUCAACUAUGACAUGAAAUGCUCAUCCAUGCACCAGUCCUUCCUGAGCUUUCGUGGACCGCUGCUUUCAUCGAGACGAAACAGCAAGACCAGCUUUUUCAGUUUCCAAAGCCAACCGCAAGAUGUGGGCUCAGAAAAUGAGUUUGCAGAUGAUGAGAACAGCAUUUUUGAAGGCACCCUGAGUCGGAGGGGAUCCCUGUUUCAUUCCCAGAGGUGUGAUCGACGCACCAGCAGUAUGAGUCAGUGCAGCUUCUUACCUCAUCUCCGAUUUCAACCAAAUAGUAUCAGGCACAGCUCUGUAGACUGCAAUGGGGUAGUCGCUCUAGUGGAUGGGGAUUCACUCCCAUCAUCAUCACCUUUGGGAUUCCAUCUGCCUAAAUUGUCAGUAGAUAUGGUCUACACUGGAGAAAAUGCUGACACAACUGAUACAGAGUACAGAGAGGCUAGUGGACAAAACUAUGGGGAGUUUUUGGAUGUACUUGAUGGCCCAGAAGCCAGACAGAGAAUUCACAGUAUCGCUAGUGUCAUAACAAGCACCAUGGAAGAACUUGAAGAAUCAAGACAAAAGUGUCCUCCUUGCUGGUAUGACUUUGCUCACACCUUCCUCAUCUGGGAGUUUUGUCCAUGUUGGCUGAAAAUCAAGAAAAUCAUUAGUCUUAUUGUGAUGGACCCUUUCAUGGACUUGGCUAUUACCAUCUGCAUUGUCCUCAACACAUUAUUUAUGGCCAUGGAACAUGAUCCAAUGAAUGCAUCGUUCAGCUACAUGUUGUAUGUGGGCAAUCUGGUGUUCACUGGGAUCUUCACAGCAGAAAUGGUCCUCAAGCUCAUAGCUUUGGAUCCGUACUAUUACUUUCAAGUGGGCUGGAAUAUUUUUGAUGCAGUUAUUGUUUGUUUAAGUUUGGUAGAACUUUGUUUGACUAAUGUGAAGGGCAUGUCCAUUUUGAGAUCAUUCAGACUGCUGAGAGUUUUCAAGUUGGCAAAAUCUUGGCCCACUCUUAACAAACUCAUCAAAAUAAUUGGUAAUUCAGUGGGAGCUUUGGGCAACCUUACCCUGGUUCUGGCCAUUGUGGUUUUCAUCUUUGCUGUUGUGGGCAUGCAGCUGUUUGGAAAAAGCUACAAGGACAAUUUGGAAAAAAUCUCACAGGACAAUAAUCUUCGGUGGCACAUGAAAGACUUCUGGCACUCAUUCCUCAUUGUGUUCCGAGUGCUUUGUGGAGAGUGGAUAGAGACGAUGUGGGACUGUAUGGAGGUGGCUGGGACCACCAAGUGCCUCAUCCUCUACAUGAUGGUCAUGGUUAUUGGGAAUCUUGUGGUGCUGAACCUGUUCCUGGCCCUGUUGCUGAGUUCAUUCAGCGCAGACAAUCUGGCGGCUGCAGAAGAUGACGACACGAACAAUUUGCAGGUUGCAAUUGAACGGAUUCGCAGAGGCAUUGCUUUCAUCAAAUCAUGGAUUAGAAGUCGCUGCAGCAGUUCAUGUCUCAGGGAUAAAAAGGAGAAGAAGAGUGAGGAUGGAUCCAUAGAUAAACUUCACAUGAACUUUGGGCAAAACGGUACACCAAACAGCGCCAUCAAACACUUUACCGGGAAUGGGAACGGAGAUGUGACUGGUGUAGACAAAGCUGGUGACAAGUACAUAGUCUACAGCAAGAGUGAUGACUCUAUCAUGUCCUUCAUAAACAACCCAAGUAUGACUGUUAGUGUUCCUAUUGCUGCAGAAGAGUCUGACUUUGAAAUGCUCAACACUGAAGACUUCAGCAGCGCAUCAUCUAACCUGCCAGAAUGUAAUGUGGCUGUGGAGGGUGAUGGUGCGGACAAUGAUGACAAUGACGAUGGCCGGUCCAGCUCUUCAGAAGGUAGCACAGUGGAUGGUAUGCCACCUGGAGAGAUACCAGCCAUUGAACUUGUGUUUGAGGAAAUCAAAGAACCGAAGGACUGCUUUCCUGCAGGCUGUGUGCAAAAGUAUAAGUGUUGUCAAGUGAAUGUGAAAAAGGGCUGGUGGAGAGUGUGGUGGACAAUCCGAAAAACCUGCUAUCGAAUCGUGGAGCACAACUGGUUUGAGAGUUUCAUCAUCUUCAUGAUUUUGCUCAGCAGUGGAGCGCUAGCUUUUGAAGAUGUCAACAUUGAGACAAGGAAGACCGUUAAAAUAAUGUUGGAGUAUGCGGACAAAGUUUUCACUGUCAUCUUUAUUUUGGAGAUGCUACUAAAAUGGGUGGCGUAUGGAUUUGCCAAGUACUUCACAAACGCUUGGUGCUGGUUGGACUUCUUUAUUGUUGAUGUUUCACUGGUCAGUUUGGUGGCCAAUGCUUUGGAGUAUUCUGAUAUUGGUGCAAUCAAGUCUCUAAGGACCCUGCGAGCUUUGAGGCCCCUAAGAGCCCUGUCCCGGUUUGAGGGCAUGAGGGUGGUUGUCAAUGCCUUAAUGGGAGCAAUUCCUUCCAUCUUCAAUGUGCUGUUGGUGUGUCUCAUCUUCUGGCUCAUCUUCAGCAUCAUGGGGGUCAACUUGUUUGCAGGAAAGUUCUACGGUUGUGUCAACACAACCACAGGAAUCAAUUACAACACAUCAAAAGUGCAAAACAAAUCAGUCUGCAUGGAUUUGGCUAUGGAAGAUAAUAACACCCGUUGGAAAAAAAUCAAAGUCAACUAUGAUAAUGUUGCCAUGGGUUACCUUGCACUUCUGCAAGUUGCUACAUUCAAAGGAUGGAUGGAUAUCAUGUAUGCUGCUGUGGACUCUCCGAGCAAACUAUCAGAUCAACCAAAGUUUGAACAAAACUUUGUGAUGUAUGCAUAUUUUGUCAUUUUUAUUAUAUUUGGGGCAUUUUUCACCCUCAAUCUCUUCAUUGGUGUCAUUAUAGACAAUUUCAAUCAGCAGAAGAAAAAGUUUGGAGGUCAGGACAUCUUUAUGACUGAAGAACAAAAGAAAUACUACAAUGCAAUGAAAAAGCUGGGAUCCAAGAAACCACAAAAACCUAUCCCUAGGCCAUCAAACAAAUUCCAAGGAUUCAUCUUUGACAUAACCACAAAGCAAGCCUUUGAUAUUGUGAUUAUGGUUCUAAUAUGGCUUAACAUGGUAACCAUGAUGGUGGAAACAGAAGAAGACGAUGAUAGAAAGAAGCAAGUCCUGAAGAACAUCAACCUAGUGUUUAUUGUCAUCUUCUCUGGAGAAUGUUUGAUGAAGAUGAUUGCACUUCGUCAGUACUUUUUCAUCAAUGGCUGGAAUGUAUUUGAUUUUAUAGUGGUCAUCCUAUCAGUCGCUGGCAUGUUUCUAGCUGAUUUGAUAGAGAAGUUUUUUGUGUCACCAACCCUCUUCAGGGUCAUCCGAUUGGCUCGAAUUGGCCGUGUCCUCCGCCUUAUUAAAAGUGCCAAAGGAAUCCGCACACUCUUGUUUGCCCUGAUGAUGUCACUUCCUGCCUUGUUCAACAUUGGUCUCCUGCUCUUCUUAGUGAUGUUUAUCUAUGCCAUUUUUGCCAUGUCGAACUUUGCUUAUGUCAAGAGAGAAAAAGGCAUCGACGACCUUUUCAAUUUUGAAACCUUUGGCAACAGCAUGAUCUGUUUGUUUCAGAUUACCACCUCAGCGGGGUGGGAUCUCCUUUUAGCUCCCAUACUCAACAAAGACGAGGAUUGUGACCCAGAAAUGGAGCAUCCUGGGAGUUUAGUUAAAGGAAAUUGUGGAAAUCCUUCCAUUGGAAUUGCUUUCUUUGUGAGUUACAUCAUUAUCUGCUUCCUCAUUGUGGUGAACAUGUACAUUGCAGUAAUUCUGGAGAACUUUGGCGUGGCGACUGAGGAGAGCGCCGACCCAUUAAGUGAAGAUGACUUUGAGAUGUUCUAUGAGGUCUGGGAGAGGUUUGAUCCCCGUGCGACUCAGUUUGUUACGUACAAUUUGCUCUCUGACUUUGCUGACAGUCUAAACCCGCCACUUCGCAUCCCCAAACCUAACAAAAGGGACCUCAUGAAUAUGGAUUUACCGAUUGUGAGUGGGGAUCGUAUCCACUGCCUGGAUAUCCUGUUUGCCUUCACAAAACGUGUCCUGGGUGAGAGCGCAGAAAUGGACAAUCUGAGAGGACAAAUGGAGGAGCGCUUCAUGGCCUCAAAUCCUUCCAAGCUGUCGUACGAACCCAUCACCACCACCUUCCGCCGCAAACAGGAAGAAACAUCAGCUGCCGUGAUUCAGAGAGCAUUCAGAUAUUAUUGUAAGAGUAAGUUCACUGACAACUUCACUUUCAACCUGAAAGAUGAAAAAGCGGCCACUGAGAAACAAGGCCGUUUGAAAGGAAAACAGAAAGAAAGUGCUGGUAAAACAGAACCCACGCCUGCCUCUGCUUCCCAGUCCACGCUCAACAGUGAGACACCAAAAGGGAAACACACACACAAAAAAGACAAAAGCCAAAAGGAGGUCACGGGAAAAGAUGUUGGAGAUGUAUGAGCAAAUGUUGGUGGCACAGAAAAGACUUUAAAGAAAGAGGAGAAAAAAGUUUACAUUUUUUUAAACUGCCUCCUUUCCUUUAUUUGGACUACUUGAACUAAUUCCAGAUGUGUGAUUCCUCCUGACUGUUCGCAGACACUCAGAACAGCUAGUCUUGCUGUCCUGUUUCAUAAAUUAUUGUUAUAUCUCAGAAUUUUAAAAACGAUUACAAACCAGAUUUAUUUUUUAAACAAAAUAAAGUUUAUUAUUUAGGACUUUGUUUCUGGUCAGUUACCUUUUUAUACAAUUCUCUUUAUUGCUGAGGAACACUCCCUUUCAUUUAAAGACCAAGUUCACUGAGAAACUGUUUUUUACUUGUUAUUUUUGAAAUUUGAUCACUCGCUCUGAGUUUAAAAUGGAAGCUAAACAUGAAAAUAGUCUUCUACCCCUAUUUUCUGCAUUAGUCACCGAUAGAAAAUAGGCGGGGAAAUGCUCGGAUUAGAAAAGCCAGUCAAUUGUGUGUCACAUUGAAAACUGGACUCACCCAUCUUGGCUGGCGACGGGUAAGGCUGUUGUUGAUUUAGUGUCCAGGAGAGAGCAGAGCACGUUUUGGCUAGUAACAGCUAACUGUUAGCAUUAGCAACAUGGUAGAACUCCUUCAGGAUUGUGUUAUUUUUGGAGACAAAAACAUCAACAAUGCAGAUCAAACAGUCAGUGGUAGAGUCGCGUUGCUGUUAGCCAAUCAGAGGUGUGAUGACUGAAUAUCAGAAAAUGAGGCUCUAAAACCUGCUGUUGUCUGCUAGCCUCUCACUUCUAGUUCCUGAAACAGUAGAGCAAGAGCUUUUUUCCCACAUAAAUUUACUCAAAAGGCAUUCAUUUAUUCUGGAGACCACUGCAAAUGCUUAAAAAAACAAGUGAACUUGGUCUUUAAUUUUUUUUAUUGGAUGCACAGCUUUAAUGAUUGUCGUGCUCACUGAUUGUGCUUAAGACCCACAUUUAGGUCUGCAUGAAUGUUUCUCCCUUGCUAUGCAUGCUAAAUAAUGCUUUUUUCAUCAGUCAUUUUAGUUGGAUGAUACACAGAUCAGUCAGGUAAUAUUUGAACAUUUAAAAUGGAUAAUUUUACAAAGAAAUUUUAAAAACAAUGACUGUGUACUAUUUACAGUCGUGUUUAUUGUGUUUUGUUCUAAAACUUUUCUAAAACAAUGGUCUUCUGUGGCUUUUACAUCUGUAAAUGUAAACUGUUGUCAGACUAUCAUUUGUAUUACUGAUAAAAUGUCUGUUGACAAGUAGAAAAUCAUCUCUAAUGUCAAUUUUUUGUCUUUGUCUUUUGUUGACUAGUACUUAUUCUGUAUUAAUCACUAAAUCAUUUCAUACUGUCAGAGUAUUAAUUUCUUCUAAUAUAAAACUUAGAGAACUCUGUUCUGUUGUAUAAGAUUAAAGAAAUGUAUUAAGUGAUGGUACAGCUCUGCAUUAGAUUACAGGUGGGGUUGGGAACGUGUGCACUUUGUAAGCUUAAUUUUCCCGUUGACUUAAAAAAAUGUAUCUUGAUAAAUAUCAAAGAUGGAUGUAAGAUGGCUCAGGAUUUUAUGAAAGAUCUCACGGAAAUGGCUUCACCCAUGUGCUAUUUCCUGCCUCUGUUUACAUGUGUUAUUGUCUUUGACGGCAACAGCUACUUUAAACGGUGAGCUGUAUGUUAUGAAAGCAUAACUCCAUUCAUGGGAUGGUUUUUGCAUGUCAUCAAAAGGUCCCACACCUAUGCUACACAUUAUGCACAGUUAAAGAAUGCUUUUUAAAUAAAGUAGCAUUGUUUAUAUGCAUAAUAUUUGUGGUGUAUGAGAAACUACAUGCAUGAUGUUAUAACUCCUUUUAUUAAAAAGGUAGACUGAAUAAAGAAUAUACAAGUGU